AUGUGCAUCAUUAAAACGACCAAAACAAUGUUUGAUAACAACCACGGCUGCCGAAAAAACAUUGGAUCAAAUUCAGAAUUUUUUGAAGAUAUAUGCCGUUCAUUUGUAGCUGCUAAUAUUCCACUAAAUAAGUUGCAACAUCCUAAGCUGAAAGAAACUUUGGAAAAGUAUACAAAACUUUCCAUACCAGAUGAGUCUACAGUAAGAAAAAAUUAUUUGCCAAAAGUGUAUUUGGAAACCGUUAAAAAAAUCCAAAGAGAAAUUGGUGACAACUAUAUAUGGGUUGCAAUUGACGAGACCACUGAUUCUGCAGGUCGAUAUGUGGCUAAUGUAAUUGUUGGUUCGUUAAUGGAUAAACCAUCUCCUGCGUAUACACAUUGCUUGCAAAAAACUAAUAGUGCCUCAAUUGCUAAAACAUUUAAUGACGCCAUGAUUUUUUUGUGGCCGACUGGCCGGCGCAGGGUUAAAAUUAAUGUACAGCAAGAUGAUACACUUAACAUGCUUAGUGCAUGGUGUAUACAUCGCGUAGCAGAAACAAUAAGAAGUUUAUAUCCUACAGUAAAUACCAUCAUUUCAAACGAGAAAAAAGUUUUUGUGAAAGCACCUAGUCGCGUCGCUCAUUUUAAAGAGAUGGAACCUGAUUUGCAAUUGCCUCCACAACCAAUUCUCACUAGAUGGGGAACUUGGCUAAAUGCUGCCUGCUAUUAUGCAAACAAUUUUGAAAAGAUCCGGGAAAUACUCGAAAGUCUAGAUGAGGACGAUGCAGCAUCAAUAGUCGAUGCUUAG